CGGCCAGAGGACAGAUGAGGAACCAGAGAGGUUGUGUGUCAGGCCCACCUUGGGCUACCAGUUUCAUAGAGGGCAGGCCUGGAGGACCUGUGUUACCCACACAGGUGGCAUUCUCAGGUCCCCUGACCACUUUUUGUUCUAUUCAGAUGCCAUCUUCCCACCUCCUCAGCAUGUAGAAUAAUUAAAAAAAUUAUUCCUGGCACAUUCAGAGUCUUCGAGCUUGUGGGAGACUCAUUCUGGUUAAACAAAUAUUCAGCUCUCAGAGGAGAAAUUUGAAGCUUGUGAACCUGGGUGAAUUUGAAUAGCAGACCGUCACUAGAUAGAUCCUUAAGGAAUGUCUAUUCUAAAUGCUUCAUGUUACAGGUGGGGAAACUGAGUCACAGAAAAGCAAAGAGACUCAGCCUGGAGGCUGAAGUCCCUACUUCCAGUGACUAGCAGUGUAUUUCCUUGCUCUUUACUUAGGUGAAAAGCAUCAGGAGCCAAGUUGCAUCUGAAAGUGUCUCUUUUUCUCUUUAACCUAAAAGCAGAGUUUUCUGGGUCCAGGUUGGCCUGGCACAGGAGAGGACAGGGAAACAAGAAAACGAGUCACUGUGUAUAUGACGUGGGUGGUUUGCGCCCUCACUUUUUUGUGCUCUGAUGAUCCCUAAGAACUAAGAGAUGCUUAAUUCCUGAGGAGCCAGGCAUGCAUACUUCCAGGUAUGCUUCAAAGCCUCACUUGUGAUUUUUGUGUGUUUAUUCUGAUCAAAUUACAUUUGAAAUGAAAUAAGUGAAACGAAAUGACUGUGUGAGAAAACAUAGCCAUCUGGAAAUAUGUCAAAAUCUUUCUUACCUUAGCACAUGACCUUAGAGGUAUAAAAGGAUCCUGCAAAGUUCCCCUGCGAUUUUCCUUCUCUGGGAGUUUGGAGGGUGAGGAAUCAGACGGGGGCUACUCAGUCUGGAGACGGUCCUGAUGGAGUCCCUGCCCACGCCUUCUGCCCUGUUCCUGCUCACAUCCCCCACAGUUGCACAAAGCCAGGUCUAGCUGAGCCAGCCUCUCCUGUGGUUUUGCUUCUCCUUCCUCUUCUCUCUAACCUGCUCGGUGGGUAGCUUAUUUCUACUUCCCUCAGACUCCCUCUCCAAAGCCCCUGCUUCUGUGACACUUAUUCUACCACCCACUGGCCACCUCCACCCCCAUUUCUCCUCCAGUAACCAGCUCAUCCCUCUGCUCCCUCAGGGCUGGAGUCUAGCUCCCAGGGCUAUUUCAAGAGUUGUACUAGAGCAUCCUUUCCUACCUUCUUUCCCGGGAGGCUGUGAGCUCCUGGUAGCAGAAUCACGAGUGAUGGGUGCUGUCACUCUCUGCUGAGAGCCCCACAGUGACUUCCAGGACUGGUCAGCGAGGCAAGCACCGUGUCCAUGUCCAUCAGCCUGGCACUCACUCAACCCUUGAGCCCUUGUCCCUGCUUCUUCUUGGACACCUGUGCCAUUUGCCAGACACUCACACUGCCCAGGGUGCCUGUCCACUGAUUUACAGGGUCCAUCCUUACUCUUCAGCAUCCACCACUGGCACAGUGUGCUCUACGAAGCCCUCCCAGACUUCCCCAUGCUCCCCAGGCUGGGCCACAAGCCUACUCUUGCCCCACAGCCACCACUGCCCUGCCCAGUGUCUGCCCCACUGCAUCUGCUUCCUUGCUGGCCCACUGCUCCCCCUGAGCUUUGAAGUCCAGGGUGUGGACAGAGGGUGACCUGCUCCUUGUAUAUUUAAUAAUCCAGAGACCCACUACACAGAGCACACCAUGUAGAGCAGUAGCCCUGGUGGCUUUGCCUGCAGGACAAGUGACUGACACUGAAUGUGCUGGUGUCUGUGGAGGGAGUGCUGGCCAAGGGCGUCCAUGUUGUCCGAGGCUAAUGAACCCUUAGCCUUGAGGCUCCCAGAUGUCUGCUUUUCCCCGGGGCAACAAUGUGACCACAGAAUCUUGUUCUGGACCUCCCAGCUUGUUGUGUGAGCUGCGGGCAGACAGCAGGCCUGGCUUAGACCUUCUAUGGCAGGGGUCAGCAACAACUCUGAGCCAGGGACUGCCUGCAACACUGCAGCGUUCAGCUAGUACCUGAGGUGCCCCAUGGCAUAGUUCACCACCAUUGACCGCUGCCUGAAGCAAGCCUUGAGUGCUGGAAGAGGGGACCUGGGUUUCACCUUCAUUCUGAUGCUUAUCGACAGAUAAAUUACUUGUUUUCUGAGUCUUGCUUUGCCCAUCUGUACAGUGGGAAUAGUAAUGCCUACCUUAUACGUUUUCUAAGAGUGGAGAACGUUGACGUCUCUGUUAGUAGAUGGUCACUCUUCUAUGGCCAUUCUUACAUAAGGCAACAUUUUCUUACAACAUUCAGUGGAGACCAAGCCCCACUUGGCUUCCAGGUAGGAGAGGCUCACCACCUUUCCACAGAUGCUGGGGCUUCUUGUAACCUGUGCUGUCUCCAGCUCAGGUCUUUGUCCCUAUCAUGAUAGCUCAACCAUAGCCAAACUGCAGGGAUCCGGCCAGGGGAACUGCUCCCUGGCCAUUUCCGGCAAUGUGGAAGUAGGUACACAUACCGAGAUACAGAACCAGCUCCUUCUGCAGGACGCUGUGAGUUCCUGUAUUCCGUUGCUGUUGCAAAAACCAUAGAGGUGUGUGCUGGCCGGAGCCCAGUAUGGACUGGAAUCAGAAACAGGAAGUUUUGAGGGCCAUGGAAGGUUUGCUGACCUGCCUAGUUCCUGCUGAUGGGAGGCUCCAUCUUAGUCUUCAGGGGAUCCCCAGAACUUCUGGAAAACACCUGUGUUGCCUCCAUCUCCUUGUGAGGCCUUUGAGCCAGGUGGAGGGCUCUGGGUCCUGCCAUUCUCUGCCUAUAGACACACUCAGCCCUUGGCCCAAGUGGGAAAUGGGGACACUCGCUAACUGGUGGUGGCUGGGGCAGCACCAAGGUGAUUAAUCGUCCAUGAGUCCAGCAGUUGGGCCUUCUCCUGGCACUCUCUUAAGGAGGCGCUGGCCGCGCAGGACCUGCAGGGCACCUCCCAAGUGGCCCACUCCUUGCUCUCUCACCUGCUGUCUGCAAGGCCACCCCUGACUUCGCAUGGCCCUGAUGUGUCCUCCCCCAGUGCAGGCUCAGCCUUAGGGGCAGCCCUCCUGCUCUUGUCUCCACAUUACGUCCUCACGGUGGCCAAAUACUCACCUGCAGCUCUGUUUUGCUGCCCUUAAGGCCCUGUUAUGAAAUCCAACAAACCAGCUUGUGAGGAAACCCAAGAUUGCAUAGACUCAGCAGCCGGCCCAGAGGGAGGUGACGCAGGCGAAAAAGAAGGGUCUAGGCUGGGACUGGGGCAGCUGAACCCCAAAGACGGGUGGGGGCCCCAAAGCAUGCUUACAAAGUCAUGUGGGCUCAGUCUCCCUGGGUGAGUGCAGAUUUUAAGAGCUUCAAGGCAGCAAGGUGCAGAAUGCAGGAGAGGCCAUGCAGUGGGCACUCUGGGCCUCUAGUGUGCACUGUUCACCCUCUCACGUAUGUUGGCUUGCUUGAUUCUUUCUGCAAUGUUGCAGGGAUGAUAUUGUCCAUGUUUUACAGCUAGAGAUAUUGAGGUUGAGGGAGCCUGAAUUGCUAAGGUUACAGGUUAGGAAGAGGUGGAACUGGGAUUUGAAUUUGAUCCAUGUGAUGCUGCUCUGGGUUGGUCUGGCCUUGAAGCUCAGGAGGGGCCAAGCCUGCCAGAGGGACUAGCUUCCAGGUGGUGGUGUUACUUACCAGCAAGUUAAGGCCAGAGGUUGCCAUGCAGCCCAGGCUAAUAGGCCCACUCCUAGGUGCAUGGAGCCACUUGUGGGUGGGCCUGGAACACUCAGGUCUCACCCAGCUCACAGGUAACCUAGAAGCCAAUGUCUGGUCUCUGAACAGCAGGGCCUGCCAUGAAGCAGUAGAGACUAGGGGGGCUCCCAGCUCCCUUCCUGACCUGCUUUGUGGUAUUCUAUGAGCCACCCACGUCUCUAGGCAUCACAGAAUUUUUGGGGUCUCAGCUUCCUGGACCCUGGCCUCACCUGGGGAUACACUGUAACUACCUUAGACCUUGUACCCAACACAUGGUGCCCACCCAGAAGUAAGCCACCAUGUUGGGGAGCAUGGCCUCCCAGGUGGUCUGGUAAGUGGCUUGAGGGGACGAUGACUGCUCUGUUCCAAGCUCACCAGGCAAUUUUUCAUGUCUUCGGGUCCCACGGCCCCCGGCGACCUGCCUUGGCCUGUUUGCUGCAUGUCUGCUUCCAGCUUGCUUCCUGCCUGGCCUUCUCCAAGCAGCCCUUCCAUCCCCACUGGUGUUCCUGUCCUCCAUGGCUCUGCUCACAUGUGUUCUCCUCCAGUCCUGUGUCCCAGCUCUGAGAUGGCCUCUGGGGAGGGGAUGCCUGCCCAUUACAGAGCCCUCUGUGACCUGCAUCUCUUUCAGGCCAUCUCUUGGUAUUUCUCAGCAGCACAUUUUUCAGAUGAGGACUGGCACUGUGCAGAGGCACUUCUCAGAUUCCACAGCUCAUGCCAUGAGGAGCAGAAGCCAGAACACAGGACUUGAUGCCAGAGUCCGAUUUUGCCUGCCCAUGAUGUCUAUAUGCUAGCCUGGGAGAUCACACCAAUCUCCUGUACAUUUGAAGCAAUCUGAUGUCACUCUCCUGCCCCCAAGGGUGCCAGGGCUUGAGGCUUGUGGUUGAGGCAGUGACAAGGCCCCUGUGACAGUCCUGUGCCAGCUCUCUAGCAGGUGGGCUUUGCCUGUGCUGAUCAGACCAGGAUUUCCAUGAGAUGCUUUUUCUGAGCAGCAGUGGCCUCUUGGAGGAGCAGCAAGGGGCAGAAGGACUUCACCUCACAUGACACGGAAGACCUCUUUCUCUUGGGGGCCCUUUGUCAACCGUAUCAUGCUCAGUCUUUGCUCAAUUUGUUUUCAGUAGGGGAGAGAGACUGGUGGUUUGGGGUUUAUUCACAACCCCAAAUAUGGCUCCUGCUUUGCUUCAUGCUUCUAAGAAGACAAAGUCUAAUGCUAUGCAUGCCAAAUCACACUGAUUCAAUAAAUGCUGACAGGGAAUGUGGACGGGUCUGGCGAGUGAAGGGCUUUAUCUGGGACAGCCACACUGUAUACGCCGAGGCUCUCCGGAGAAACAGAACAACAGGAUGUGUGUAGGCAGGGAGAUAUUUAUUUUAAGGUACUUGUUCACACAAUUGUGUGGCUGGCAAGUUUGAAAUCUGCAGAGCGGGCCGGAGACCCAGGGAAGAGCUGCUGUGAGUCGGAAAUCUGCUUUGCCACGGCAUGGAGGCAGAAGAUCUUUCAAAGGCUGAAGACAGAAAUGAAGAUCCAGGUUCCAAAAACGAAGGGCAGCUCACUGCUGUGUGGCCUGAUGUCCCACAUGGAGGGCAGUCCCCUGGCCCCACAGCUCUCUGGGACAUGCUGGAAAGGAAGUUUCUGGAAUACCAGCAGUUAACUCACAAGAGCCCCAGUGAGCGUCAGAAGAACCUGUUGAGUCUUCUCCCCCUGUUCCUAAAGGCCUGGGAACACUCCGUGGGGAUAAUCUGCUUUCCCAGUCUCCAGAGGCUGGCAGAAGAUGUGUCCGACCAGCUUGCCCAGCAACUCCAGAAGGUCCUUGUGGGGAAGCCUGCAGAGCAAGCUCGGUUGGCGGCUGGGCAGUUGCUGCGGUGGAAGGGGGACAUGGAUCAGGAUGGCUACUUGCUCCUGAAGUCGGUGUACGUGCUCACGGGGACAGACUCGGAGACGCUGGGCAGGGUUGCUGAGUCUGGGCUUCCAGCCCUGCUCCUACAAUGCCUUUACCUCUUCUUUGUCUUUCCUCUGGACAAAGAUGAGCUUUUUGAGAGUGAUGUUCAAGUUCAAAGGAUGUUUGUGCAGAUGUUGCUCAAUAUUUGCAGCGACUCCCAGGGCCUGGAGGGACUCCUCUCAGGAAGCGAGCUGCAGUCUCUGCUGAUUGCCACGACCUGCCUUCGGGAGAACAACUGCUGCUUCUGGAAGGAGCCCACCUUCUGUGUGCUGAGAGCAAUCUCCAAGGCCCAGAACCUCAGCAUCAUCCAGUACCUGCACGCCACAGACUGUGUCAGGCUCUCCCUCCAGAACCUCUCCAGGCUCACGGACACACUCCCUGCCCCCGAGGUGAGCGAGGCUGUAAACCUGAUCCUGGGAUUCGUGAAGGAUUCCUACCCCAUCUCCUCCGCUCUGUUCCUGGAGUUUGAGAAUUCAGAGGGCUAUCCUCUGCUGCUCAAGGCGUUACUUCGGUAUGAUGGGCUGACCCAGAGUGAAGUGGACCCGCACCUGGAGGAGCUCCUUGGGCUGGUGGUGUGGCUGACGACCUGUGGGAGGUCAGAGCUGAAGGUGUUUGACAGUGUCACUUACCCUCAGCUUGAAGGCUUCAAGUUCCAUCACGAGGCAUCUGGGGUGACUGUUAAGAAUCUUCAGGCCUUCCAGGUCCUGCAGAAUGUUUUCCACAAAGCCAGUAACUCUGUCCUCUGCACACAAGUCUUGUCGGCCAUCAGGACCAUGUGGACCUGGAAUGCUCGAAACUUCUUCCUGCUGGAGUGGACCCUGCAGCCCAUCUCACAGUUUGUAGAGAUCAUGCCCCUGAAGCCGGUCCCUGUGCAGGCAUACUUCUUCCAGCUGCUGGAGGCCCUGGUGUUUGAGCUGCACUAUGUGCCCCACGAGAUCCUGCGAAAGGUGCAGCAUCUGAUCAAGGAGAGCCCUGGGCCGUCCUGCACCCUCAUGGCCCUGCAGAGCAUCCUCAGCAUCGCCGGUGGAGACCCGCUCUUCACUGACAUCUUCCGGGACUCAGGGCUCCUGGGCCUGCUGCUGGCACAGCUUCGGAAGCAAGCCAAGAUCAUGAGGAAGUCAGGAAACAAAUUGUCCACUCCUGGUAUUCAGGAUCCGGAAAGAGAACUCACCUGUGUGAUGCUGAGGACUGUACUCACACUUCUGAAAGGCUCAGUGAGAAAUGCAGUUGUCCUGAAAGACCACGGCAUGGUGCCCUUCAUCAAGAUCUUCCUGGAUGACGAGUGCUACCGGGAGGCCUCGCUCAGCAUCUUGGAGCAGCUCUCAGCCAUCAACGCCGAGGAGUACAUGAGCAUCAUCGUGGGCGCUCUGUGCUCGUCCACUCAGGGGGAGCUGCAGCUGAAACUGGAUCUCCUGAAGUCUCUGCUCCGGAUCCUGGAGACCCCCAAGGGCCGUGCCGCCUUCAGAGUCUCCAGCGGGUUCAACGGGCUCCUGUCCCUGCUCUCUGACCUGGAAGGCUCCCUCCAGGAGCCCCCGCUGCCGGCAUGGGAAGCAGUGUCCCCCCAGCAGACCCUGGAGCUGGUGUUGUACACUCUCUGUGCUGUGUCCGCAGCGCUGCACGGGGAUCCUGUCAACGGCGACUUCUUUAGGAGGAACGGGCUCUUUGAGAAGCUGGCCGAGGACCUCUGCCUGCUGGGCUGUUUUGGAGCCCUGGAGGAAGAGGGCGCCCCGCUGUGCUCCUGGGCGGACAUGAAGGCCAGGCCAUUUGUGGAUUUGCUGGGCACUGUCUUUUCCUCCAGCAGCUCACUCCCACCUCAGAUACAGAGCUGCCUCCAGAUCCUGGGCUUUCUGGACAGCAUGGCCAGCGGCACCCUCCACCUGCGCGGGGACCUGAAGGCAUCCCUGAGGGCCAAGCAGAGGUCGGUUGUGGAUGCUCAGAAGGGAGAAGCUGGCAGUGACCCCCAAGGAAACUUCAAGCAGUGGCCAGACCUGGAGGAGAGGAUGGAGGAGGGUGAUGCUGCGAUCAUGCAUCCUGGGGUCGUGUGCAUCAUGGUGAGGCUGCUGCCUCGGUUGUACCACGAAGAUCACCCACAGCUUUCCGAGGAGAUCCAGUGCUCACUGGCCAGUCACAUCCAGUCCCUGGUGAAGUCGGAGAAGAACCGCCAGGUCAUGUGCGAGGCGGGCAUGCUUGGGACCCUCAUGGCCUCCUGCCACAAGGCCCUGGCUGCCAGCAGCAGCCCCCUCCACUCACGCCUCAUUAGGAUCUUUGAAAAGCUCGCUUCCCAGGCCAUUGAACCAGAUGUGCUAAGACAGUUUCUAGGCCUUGGAAUUCCCUCACCUCUGUCAGCCACAACGAAAAUCCUCGAUUCAUCUCAUUCUCACAGAGGCAACCCUGGGCACUCAGGGUCACGGACUGCACAGGGCUCGGCUGAGGGGCCCAAGGGAGCUGCCCCAGAUGCUGGCCUGCACCCUAGAGUCACACAGGCCCCGCCGCCCUUGGAGGAAUCCCAGGAUUCAACCACUGCCCUUCAGACGGCGCUGAGUCUCAUCUCCAUGACCUCCCCACGCAACCUGCAGCCUCAGAGGGCAGCCCUGGCCCCGUCAUUUGUGGAAUUUGACAUGUCCGUGGAAGGUUAUGGCUGUUUGUUUAUCCCGACCCUGUCGACUGUUAUGGGAACCAGCACUGAAUAUUCUGUCUCUGGAGGAAUUGGGACAGGUGCCGCCAGACCAUUCCCUCCUCCCGGAGGCCUGACCUUCUCCUGCUGGUUCCUGAUCAGCCAUCAUGGAGCUGCCACUGAGGGCCACCCACUGCGCUUCCUGACGCUGGUGCGCCACCUGGCCAGGACCGAGCAGCCCUUUGUCUGCUUCUCCGUCAGCCUCUGCCCAGACGACCUCUCCUUGGUUGUUUCUACAGAAGAGAAGGAGUUUCAGCCUCUGGAUGUCAUGGAACCUGAGGAUGACUCUGAGCCUUCUGCAGGACGCCAACUUCAGGUCCGGUGUGGCCAGCUCCUGGCUUGUGGUCAGUGGCAUCACUUGGCUGUGGUUGUCACCAAGGAAAUGAAAAGGCAUUGUACAGUUUCCACCUGUCUGAAUGGACAGGUCAUUGGCUCCGCCAAGAUGUUGUACAUCCAGGCCCUACCAGGGCCUUUCCUUUCUAUGGAUCCAUCCUCAUUUGUGGAUGUUUAUGGAUAUAUUGCUACCCCUCGAGUUUGGAAACAAAAGUCUUCAUUAAUCUGGCGUCUUGGUCCCACAUACCUCUUUGAAGAAGCCAUUUCAAUGGAAACUCUGGAAGUUAUUAACAAACUUGGCCCAAGAUAUUGUGGUAACUUCCAAGCUGUACAUGUCCAAGGGGAGGACCCGGACAGUGAAGCCACACCCCUUGUUGCAGAAGAAAGGGUUUCUUUUGGACUUCACAUAGCCAGCUCCUCUAUCACCAGCAUAGCAGACAUCAGAAAUGCCUACAAUGAGGUGGACAGUCGCCUGAUCGCCAAAGAGAUGAAUAUUUCAUCCCGUGACAAUGCCGUGCCCGUGUUCUUGCUGAGGAAUUGUGCUGGCCACCUGUCAGGGUCUCUGCGGACCAUUGGAGCCGUUGCUGUGGGUCAAUUUGGUAUGUUCAGCUGGGAAGCUUUGACACUAUUUGGGAAGCAAGGGGUGAGGGUGUUCCACUGUAGCCCUGCUGCCAGCAGCUUGGACUUCAUUGGCGGGCCUGCCAUCCUCCUGGGCCUCAUCUCCCUAGCAACAGAUGACCACACCAUGUAUGCAGCUGUGAAAGUUCUGCACUCGGUUCUGACCAGUAAUGCCAUGUGUGACUUCCUGAUGCAGCACAUUUGUGGGUACCAGAUAAUGGCGUUCCUCCUGAGGAAGAAGGCUUCUCUCCUGAACCAUCGAAUUUUUCAGCUGCUCCUCUCAGUGGCUGGCACUGUGGAGCUGGGCUUCAGGUCAUCUGCUGUCACCAACACUGGUGUCUUCCAGCACAUCCUUUGCAAUUUUGAGCUCUGGAUGAAUACUGCAGACAAUCUGGAGCUCAGCCUCUUUUCCCAUCUUUUGGAAAUCCUUCAAUCACCAAGGGAAGGACCCAGGAAUGCUGAAGCUGCCCACCAGGCCCAGCUCAUACCCAAGCUCAUCUUCCUCUUCAAUGAGCCGAGCCUCAUCCCUUCCAAGAUCCCCACCAUCAUGGCCAUCCUGGGAUGUCAGCUGAGGGGCCACUUCAGCACCCAGGACUUGCUCAGGAUUGGGCUGUUUGUUGUGUACACCCUCAAGCCUUCGUCAGUGAAUGAGAGGCAGAUCUGCGUGGACGGAGCCCUGGAGCCUUCCCAGCCUGCUGGAAGCCAAACAUCUGGAAAGACAAUCUGGCUCAGAAACCAGUUGCUGGAGAUGCUGCUCAGUGUAAUAUCUUCCCCCCAACUUCAUCUGUCCCCUGAGUCAAAGGAAGAGGUGUUUCUGAAACUGGGGCCUGACUGGUUCCUGCUGCUCCUGCAGGGCCACCUGCACGCCAGCACCACUGUGCUGGCAUUGACGCUGCUGCUGCACUUUCUGGGAAGCCCCUCCCUCCGCACACGGUUUAGAGAUGGGCUGUGUGCAGGAUCUUGGGUGGAACACAGCACCGAGGGUGUGAACAUUGUAAUGGACAACCUGAAGAGCCACCAGCCACUGCCCGAGCAGAGCCCGUGCCUCCUUCCUGGGUUCCGCAUCUUGAAUGACUUUCUGGCCCACCACAUCCACAUUCCAGAGGUCUACCUUAUCGUGUCCACCUUCUUCCUGAAGAUGCCACUCACAGAGCUGACAGACGGGCCCAAGGACAGCCUCAAUGCCAUGCUUCAGUGGCUCUUGCAGAAGCAUCACCAGGAAGAAGUCCUCCAGGCUGGGCUGUGCACAGAAGGUGCCUUGCUGCUCCUGGAAAUGCUGAAAGCCACCAUGAGCCAGCCCCCUGUAGGUUCUGAGGAUGGCGCCUGGGCACAGACGUUUCCGGCCAGCGUGCUGCAGUUCCUCAGCCUCGUGCACCGCACCUACCCCCAAGACCCAGCAUGGCGAGCCCCGGAGUUCCUCCAGACCUUGGCCACAGCCACCUUCUCCCUGGGAGUCCAAAAGGGGCCUGGGGCUGAGUCCGCCCGGAACGCCAGCAGUCCUGAGGCCGCGGCUGAAGGCGACAGCACAGUGGAGGGCCUCCAAGCUCCGGCCAAGGCACAUCCUGCCCAGAGGCAGCUGAGGGAGUUCAUGCAGCUCCUCUUGAGGGAGCUCCUGCUUGGAACCUCCAGCCCCAAGCAGUGGCUGCUCCUGGAGGUGCUCCUGGAGGCUUCUCCAGACCAUGCCACCAGCCAACAGAAACGAGACUUCCAGUCUGAGGUCCUGCUUUCCACCAUGGAAAUAUUCCACAAGAUAAGUGGAGGCGACACAGUGAUGCUCAAAGAUGGCAAAGAGCCUCAACCAAGUUCAGAAGCCACUUUUGCCCCUUCACUCGCCAACAUCUCCUGCUUCACCCAGAAGCUGGUGGAGAAGCUGUACAGCAGGAUGUUCUCAGCAGACCCCAAGCACAUCCUCCUCUUCAUCCUGGAGCACAUCACGGUGGUCAUUGAGACUGGCUCUUCUCAAAGGGACACUGUCCUCAGUGCUUUAUACAGCAGUUUAAAUAAAGUCAUUCUUUAUUGCCUGUCCAAGCCCCAGCAGUCCCUCUCUGAAUGCCUCAGCCUUCUCAGUAUCCUGGGCUUUCUGCAAGAGCACUGGGAUGUCGUCUUUGCCACCUACAAUUCCAACGUCAGCUUCCUUCUGUGUCUCAUGCAUUGCCUUUUGCUGCUCCAUGCGAGAAGUUACCCAGAGGGAUUUGGAUUGGAGCCCAAGCCUAGAAUGUCUACUUACCAUCAAGUCUUCCUUUCCCCAAAUGAAGAAUCGAAAGAAAAAAGAGAAGACAUGCCAAGUUUGAGUGAUGUCCAGCACAACAUCCAGAAGACAGUGAAGACUCUCUGGCAGCAGCUGGUGGCACAGAGGCAGCAGACACUGGAGGAUGCCUUCAAGAUCGAUCUCUCUGUGAAACCUGGAGAGAGGGAAGUGAAGAUUGAAGAAGUCACACCACUCUGGGAGGAGACGAUGCUCAAGGCCUGGCAGCAUUACUUAGCAUCUGAGAAGAAGUCACUGGCAAGUCGUUCAAAUGUUGCACACCAAAGCAAAGUCACUUUGUGGAGUGGAAGCCUGUCCUCAGCCAUGAAACUGAUGCCCGGGCGGCAGGCCAAGGACCCUGAGUGCAAGACAGAGGAUUUUGUGUCAUGUAUAGAGAACUACAGAAGAAGAGGACAAGAACUAUAUGCAUCUUUAUACAAAGACCAUGUGCAGAGGAGGAAAUGUGGCAACAUCAAGGCAGCCAACGCCUGGGCCAAGAUCCGGGAGCAGCUUUUUGGGGAGUUGGGCUUGUGGAGGCAGGGGGAAGAAGCCACGCCCUGUUCCCUGUGGGAACUCGACUGGAGAGAAGGACCAGCUCGAAUGAGGAAACGCAUCAAACGCUUAUCUCCACUGGAGGCUCUGAGUCCAGGAAGGUGCAAGGAAAACCAAGACAAAAGUGAUCAUAUUUCUCAAGCAAAUGCUGUAAACCAAGAUGAGCUGACAUCAAGGGAGGCUGAGAGUGAGCCGGACGAGGUGGGGGUGGACUGCACCCAGCUGACCUUCUUCCCAGCCUUACACGAAAGUCUGCACUCAGAAGACUUCUUGGAACUGUGUCGGGAGAGACAAAUUAUUUUACAAGAGCUUCUUGAUAAAGAAAAGGUGACACAGAAGUUCUCCCUGGUGACUGUUCAGGGACACCUGGUGUCGGAAGGGGUCCUGCUCUUUGGACAUCAACACUUCUACAUCUGCGAGAACUUCACACUGUCUCCCACGGGUGAUGUCUACUGUACCCGUCACUGCUUAUCCAACAUCAGCGAUCCAUUCAUUUUCAACCUGUGCAGCAAAGACAGGUCCUCUGACCAUUACUCAUGCCAGCGCCAUGGUUAUGCUGAUGUGCGGGAGCUACGACAGGCUCGCUUCCUCCUGCAGGACAUUGCCCUGGAGAUCUUCUUCCACAAUGGAUAUUCCAAGUUUCUUGUCUUCUACAACAGUGAUCGGAGUAAGGUCUUUAAAAGCUUCUGCUCUUUCCAACCCAGCCUGAAGGGGAAAACUGCCUCUGAGGACCCCCUCAAUCUAAGGAGAUACCCCGGCUCUGACAGGACCAUGCUGCAGAAGUGGCAGAAAAGGGACAUCAGCAAUUUUGAGUAUCUCAUGUACCUCAACACCGUGGCUGGGAGAACCUGCAGUGACUACAUGCAGUACCCCGUGUUCCCCUGGGUCCUUGCAGACUACACCUCAGAGACAUUGAACUUGGCGAAUCCAAAGACUUUCCGGGAUCUUUCAAAGCCCAUGGGGGCUCAGACCAAGGAAAGGAAGCUGAAAUUUAUCCAGAGGUAUAAAGAAGUUGAGAAAACUGAAGGAGACAUGACUGUCCAGUGCCACUACUACACUCACUACUCCUCAGCCAUCAUUGUUGCCUCCUACCUGGUCCGGAUGCCACCCUUCACCCAGGCCUUCUGCGCUCUGCAGGGCGGAAGCUUCGACGUGGCAGACAGAAUGUUCCACAGUGUGAAGAGCACGUGGGAGUCGGCUUCCAGAGAGAACAUGAGUGACGUCAGGGAGCUGACCCCAGAGUUCUUCUACCUACCCGAGUUCUUAACCAACUGCAAUGGGAUGGAGUUCGGGUGCAUGCAGGACGGGACUGCACUAGGAGACGUGCAACUCCCUCCCUGGGCUGAUGGGGACCCUCAGAAAUUCAUCAGCCUGCACAGACAGGCUCUGGAAAGUGACUUUGUCAGUACCAACCUCCACCAUUGGAUAGACCUUAUUUUCGGGUACAAGCAGCAGGGGCCAGCCGCGGUGGAUGCUGUUAAUAUCUUCCACCCCUACUUCUAUGGUGACAGAAUGGACCUUGGCAGCAUUGCUGACCCCCUCAUCAAGAGCACCAUCCUGGGGUUUGUCAGCAACUUUGGACAGGUGCCCAAACAGCUCUUUACCAAACCUCACCCAGCAAGGACUGCAGCAGGGAAGCCUCUGCCUGGAAAGGAUGUCUCCACUCCCAUGAGCCUUCCUGGCCACCCACAGCCCUUUUUCUACAGCCUGCAGUCAUUGAGACCCUCCCAGGUCACAGUCAAAGAUAUGUACCUCUUUUCUCUAGGCUCAGAGUCCCCCAAAGGGGCCAUUGGCCACAUUGUCUCUACCGAGAAGACCAUUCUGGCUGUAGAGAGGAACAAAGUGCUGCUGCCUCCUCUCUGGAACAGGACCUUCAGCUGGGGCUUCGAUGACUUUAGCUGCUGCCUGGGGAGCUACGGCUCUGACAAGAUCCUGAUGACAUUCGAGAACCUGGCUGCCUGGGGGCGCUGUCUGUGUGCUGUGUGCCCUUCCCCAACAACAAUUGUCACCUCUGGGACCAGCACUGUGGUGUGUGUGUGGGAGCUCAGCAUGACCAAAGGCCGCCCAAGGGGCUUGCGCCUCCAGCAGGCCUUGUAUGGACACACACAGGCUGUCACAUGCCUGGCAGCAUCGGUCACCUUCAGCAUCCUGGUGAGCGGCUCCCAGGACUGCACCUGCAUCCUGUGGGACCUGGACCACCUCACCCACGUGACCCGCCUGCCUGCCCAUCGGGAGGGCAUCUCGGCCGUCAGCAUCAGUGACAUCUCAGGCACCAUUGUCUCCUGUGCGGGAGCACACUUGUCCCUAUGGAAUGUCAACGGACAGCCCCUGGCCAGCAUCACCACAGCCUGGGGCCCAGAAGGAGCCAUAACCUGCUGCUGCCUGAUGGAGGGCCCAGCAUGGGACACAAGUCAGAUCAUCAUCACCGGGAGUCAAGACGGCAUGGUCCGGGUUUGGAGGACUGAGGAGGUGAAGAUGUCUGUUCCUGGACAGCCAACAAGAGAGGAGACCUUGACUCAGCCUCCAAGUCCAAGAGGCCACAAGUGGGAGAAGAACCUGGCCCUGAGUCGAGAGCUGGAUGUCAGCCUUGCUUUGACAGGCAAGCCCAGCAAGACCAGCCCCGCGGUGACGGCUCUGGCCGUGUCCAGAAACCAGACCAAACUCCUGGUCGGCGAUGAGAAAGGGAGAAUAUUCUGCUGGUCUGCAGAUGGGUAGGAAGAGAGAGGCAGAGGCUCUGGCACAGUAGUGCCAGGCUGAGGGUGGCAGAGGUGACUGGGGCCUGAGCUCUGCCUACAGAGGAAACCCCAAGGGCUCCCUCCCCACAGCUCUCAAGGACCAGCCUCUGGCAAUCAGAGCUCUGCACCCCAACCCUCUCCAUGGCUCACGGGACUUCAAUGAAAAGGAUGAGUGCACACGCUCAGAGGACUGAGCAACGCUCUGAAAACUGACUUGGUGACGCCCAGCUGCACAUGAAAUUACACAUGACUCAUCUUACUAAGGGCCAUUGCACUGAAAAAAAAGAUGCAGUUACUUACUGGAUAUUAUUGUAUUGUCUUUAUUUUAUUAAAGCAACUAUAUCCUAAAUGCA